CUCCAACCUCUUCUACUUAACAAAAUAGCAAAUAACAAUCCCGCAAUCACGCGCCAUGUAUACAAACUGCAACACCACAUUUCCACGCGCCGCCAACAAUUUCCCCUCCCCCAUAGACACCUCCUCAUUGCAGCACCAGCAAACACUCUCCGAGUACGACUCGCUAUCGCAACUCAACUCGGAGGUGAGUUACAAUAAUAAUAAUGCUGGUGGGAAUUAUAAUAGCUGUAGCAGCGGGUGUACUAGCUAUAUGGGAUCGCCGAGUUCGCUGGCGAGUUACGAGACUCAACGAGUUUCGGAUAGGUUGUUGCAGAGAAGCAUUAGUAGCCACUCGCUGCAAAAGAAUCAUGGACCCCACCGUCACCAUAACCCGUUUUCUUCCCUGUUUGCUGAAUUGCUUGAUACAGAGAAUGGUCCGGUUCGACGAGUUUACAGUGCCGGUGACAUUCAGGGAGUUAAUGGAAUGCAACAAUAUUAUCAUCAAUCAGAUAGCCCUUUGUCAACAGAGAGCAACAUGAUAAUAGAACAAAUGAGCAGACCAGCUAGUCCUUACAGCCCACAGGAAAAGAAAGUCAGAAUUGAAAGAUAUAAAACCAAGAGAAACCAGAGAAACUACAACAAAAAAAUUAAGUAUGUUUGCAGGAAGACAUUGGCAGACAGUAGGCCACGUAUUAGAGGCAGAUUUGCUAAGAAUGAUGAAAUUAUAAUGAACCCUCCAAUUCAAUGGAGCCAUAAUAGUAGUAAUAAUGGAGAGGAAUUAGAAGAUGAUGAAGAAGAAGAAAAUUGGGACAAUUUCUUUCAUUCAUUGCUUCCUACUUCAAAUCUAACUCAUGAUGAGUCUCAACAUAGUUCUUCCUUUGGCGUGCAAUAUUAAAAAAUCGCGCAUUUUACAUAUAAAUUGAGUGCGUGUUUGAAUUGACAAUAAAUUUAGCAAAAUUAUAAUGAUUAAUAAUUUAUUAUAAUUUUGUUAAUUUAAUUGUAAAUUUAAACAUACAAUUCGCAAUUAUCUAAUUUUUUUAAUAUUAAUGAAAGUUGAUAAUGCAAAUGUAAAUAUAUAGAGUUAUUUUAAUCAUGGAUGUGAGCAUGUGCAAAAGAGUUUCAAUCUAGGGUGAAAUUUUUUAGUGCCCUUUUAUAUAUUUCUAUAAGUAGGUUAGGUCUCAAUAGCAGCAUUUUAUUUUUGGGUAAAAGGU